GCACGUCUCCCAGCAAGCGCGCGCGAGAAUACGCGGCUUGUUGUCCGGCUGCCUCCUCCCCGCUGUGACCCCUUCCCCCGUCUUACGAGGUGCGGGCGCGCGAGCGUCGCUCCAAGCGCGAGGAAUAAAGUUACUCAGGGAAAAGGGGCGGGGCCUCUCGCGCGGGGGUGGGCGGGGGAAGGAGCGAGACCGCUUGCCUGCCUGAGGCAUAGUCUGCCUAGCCUGCCCGCCGAGCGGAUGGACGGACUGACCGAGUCGCGGCGGUUGGGAUGGGGAACAGCAGUGGCUGGCGCGGCAGCCCCGUCGGACCGGAGAUCCUUCAACCGCCCUGGUUCAGCCGGAGUCCGAGACGGCUUCAGAGACAGAGAGUUCCGGGGAUCUCAGUACAGACACCCUUGGCGCCAAUCCUGGAAUACCAAAACCAGAGGAUCAGGCCGUAAGAUGGGGUUCUAUGGAACUUCUCAGGAACACCGGAACCAUUUUGAAAGACAGAAGAUACAAAGUGUAUUUUGGGAACUUACUACUGCAAACUACUGGUUUAUUUUCUAAAUUGAAAAGCAAGAAUCAACCUGAAAAAUAACUAGCCAAGGACUUCUGUUUGUGUAAUCAAUAGUAUUUAAAAUUCCUGUUCCAAACAGUGAUUUGCACUAAUACUAAAGUAGAAGAAUGAUAUGCUAUAAAGAUUGUAUUUUUGAUGGCUCUUAAGUAUAUUUUAACUUAUUAGAAUUUUGAAUUUUUCAACUGUUUUAUCUUCAAGAUUCUUUUUUAAACUCUUCUCAUAAACAGCAGAGACAAUAUUGGCUUAGUGGACUCUGAAGACUUGCAAGUCGAUUUGAACACAAUGCCAUAACUUUUUAAAGGCAAUUGUUGGAACUUAUUUGCCUUGCUCCGCUCAGAAUCCUUAAACUUACUUUAUAAACAUAAACUUGUUUCCUAAAUAAUGGCCUGGGUGAAGUUCUUAAGGAAACCUGGAGGUAAUCUUGGAAAAGUAUAUCAGCCUGGAAGUGUGAUGUCCUUGGCUCCUACCAAAGGCUUAUUAAACGAGCCAGGACAAAACAGUUGCUUUCUUAACAGUGCUGUACAGGUUUUAUGGCAGCUUGACAUAUUCCGACGAAGUUUAAGAGGUCUAACAGGACACGUUUGUCAGGGAGAUGCCUGCAUAUUUUGUGCUUUAAAGACAAUAUUUGCACAAUUUCAACACAGCCGUGAAAAAGCACUCCCAUCAAAUAAUAUGAGACAUGCCUUGGCUGAAAGCUUUAAAGAUGAACAGCGAUUUCAGCUUGGUGUCAUGGAUGAUGCAGCAGAAUGUUUUGAAAAUAUACUUGAGAGGAUUCACUAUCACCUAGUGCCAAGCAGUGAAACGGAUAUGUGCACUUCUAAAUCCUGCAUUACUCAUCAGAAGUUUGCAAUGACAUUAUAUGAACAGUGUGUGUGUCGCAGUUGCGGGGCAUCUUCAGAUCCUUUGCCUUUCACAGAAUAUGUGCGUUACAUUUCAACAACAGCCCUGUGCAAUGAAGUUGAUAGAAUGUUGGAGAGGCAUGAGCGGCUCAAGCCUGAAAUGUUUGCAGAACUGCUUCAGGCUGCAAACACUACUGAUGACUUCAGGAACUGUCCUAGUAACUGUGGCCAAAAAAUAAAAAUCCGUCGUGUUUUAAUGAAUUGUCCUGAAAUUGUCACAAUUGGUUUAGUCUGGGAUUCGGAACAUUCAGACCUGACAGAAGAUGUCAUCCGGAAUUUGGCAACACAGCUUUAUCUUCCAGGGCUCUUCUAUAGGGUAACAGAUGAACAUGCCAAAACUAGUGAGCUUUAUCUUGUGGGGAUGAUUUGCUAUUCGAGCAAACACUACUGUGCCUUUGCUUUUCAUACCAAGAGUUGCAAAUGGGUGUUGUUUGAUGAUGCUAAUGUGAAAGAGGUUGGAACAAAAUGGAAGGAUGUGGUGUCCAAAUGCAUUCGGUGUCAUUUCCAGCCACUGCUGCUAUUUUAUGCAAAUCCAGAUGGCACGCCUGUCUCAACAGAAGAUGCACCUAGGCAGAAAAUUCACUGGUCUCAUUAUAAAGCCUCUGCAGGAAAUGGAGAAGAACUUGGAUUUGAAAAGCCUUCGUUUCCUAAGCCAGAUCACGCAAAAGAGAAUGGGUUUGUAGAAUCUAUUACUCAGAAAAGCAAUAAAAGAUUUCAGCCAGAAAAUUCAGCUUUCAGUAGAAACCAUAUUCAAGCAAGUGGUGGACGAGGACCAGGUAAAUUUGGGCAUAAUGAGCAUCGUGAAAAGGCAAAAGAUAUUUCCAGAGAAUGUGCUCAAAAGGCAGCAGAGAUGAAAAGCUUCACAUCCUCCCUAAGAAAAGAUGGAGACAGAGGAUCUAAGAGAGAGUCAGGAAAACAGAGAGAUCUGUCUGGAGAAAUCCACACUAAGCCCGGAUCACCACCUUCUGGAAAUGGAUUUAGGCAACAUUCUAAUGAACGUAUAUAUGGUAGUCAAGGCAGAGGACCAUACAGACAUGAGAAGGCACACAAUCCAGUCAAGCCCACUGCACAGGUGUUAGGCUCAAAUAAAAUGGACAUUUUUUCCGAGGGAGAGAAGAUGAGCCGCAUAAAGACUGACAGCACCACUGGUUAUGAUACAGACAGUAGCCAAGACUCUAAAGACAAAGGAAGUGUCACUAGUAGCAAAAGUCGAAGUAGAGGUUGGAAACCUAUGCGAGAAACACUAAAUGUAGAUAGCAUCUUUAGUGAGACUAAGGAACAUAGCUCAAAACCCAAGCUAAAUGCAAGCAGUAAGCCUAAACUUGAAAAAGAACAGAGUUCAAACUGGCCAAAAGAGAAUCCAGGUCAAAAAUGCUUAAUGACUAUUUAUGAAGAUGAAACAAAACAGACAGGGAGCCGGAGUUCCUUGGAUUCAGAAGGCAAAGGAAAUGCAGAAAAAAGCAAAGGAUUUACAGAAAGAAAAGUUCAUGCUGACAGCUGGCAGAUACAAAGGACCGAGUCUGGUUAUGAAAGCAGUGAUCAUAUCAGCAAUGCAUCUGCAAAUCUGGAUUCACCUGUUAUUGAAGGAACUAGCCCAGUUGAUACCACCACUGUUAAAGAAACUACUUCCUACAGUGAUCAGAAUCUGUCGGUCAGAUAUCCUGGGUGUUUCUUGCAGUCUACCUCCCAGCAAAACAAAAGCUCUCUGGAUGCCUUGAAGAAAGACCAGGUUAAUACCCAUAUUAACUACAGACCUCAUAAUCUCCCUUCAACAUCUCAUCUGCACAGUCCACCAUUGAAAAGGAUUGAUCUUCCUGACUGCAAUAAGAAGUUCUUCCCUUCAUUAACACUACAGACUACUUUAAAAGACCAUACUGAGAGAGAAAUAAAGAAUAGAACAUUAAAUGAGCAAAGCUCUGCACAGUGGCCUAAUGAAGAUAUAUUUGAUGAAAUAAAUGUACCGGUACACAGUGCUGACUGUUCAACUUGCUCUUUUAAUGGUGAGAACUCAGUGGUGUCUGAAAAGGUUCAGAAUACUGAAUCUCUCUUCUCCCAUUUGCAGUUGCCGCAUACAAAGACCGUUAGAUCCAAGCCAGCACUUGCAUUUUUCCUGCAACAAAAUAUUUCCAAACCUUCCUAUACAGAAUUGGUUCCACCUGCUGAAUGUAAAAUUCAAUCGUAUGGUGGUAGGACUGACAAUGAUACACCAGAAGCAAUUUACCAAAAUCUUCCUCCUCCUUUACCACCAAAGAAAUAUGCUCUUACCAGUUUGCAUGGAUUAGAACAUGGAUCCACUGUGGAUUUAAAAGCAACAGAAGUACCGUGCACCAAUCCUUUAUAUACUGAAAAUCAUGUUGCAAGUAUUACUUCAAAAGCAACACCUGAAGCAAGUCUAUCUGUAGAUGAGGACAGACAUAAAGCAACAUUUAAUGGGAAAGAUUCCUCCAAGAUGGAUUUUCCAUCAAGUUUAUCAGUAAAUAAUUUGUGGGCUGUAUCCAGUAAUGCUACAAAUAAGGGGUCUUGCCCCUCAGGACCAAGUACUAGCUCUGUGGAUGCAAAUGCAAAUGAUAUUGUAUCUCUCACUACUUACUUUUCCGUUGAUAACUGUAUGACUGAUACAUACAGAAUGAAAUACCACCAGAGACCCAAGUUGUAUUUUGCAGAUGCUGGGGUGAUGAACAAAGAGACUUCUUUACCACCAACUGGAAUGCAACUGAAUAUGUCAUACCACAACAAUACUUCUGAUCCAAAUUAUCUCACAGCUGAGCAGAGACACAAACCUAGCAUUGGAAAUGUGCACUGCAAUAGGUAGAGUAACUAUGCCAUGAAUGAGAAUAAAUCCUUGGCACUCCAACACGAUACAAUUUUUAGGUUUCCAUACCUCACCUAUACUUUAUUUUAAAAGUAUAUAGCUGUCAAAGUCUAUUUUGCACAUGCAUGAAUGUUCAAGAAAGAUGCAGACUUCGUUUUAUGCUCAUGAAUUUGUUCUUCGGCUUUAACAAGAUUUUCUUAGCCAUAGUUGCUAAACUUCUAAAUUUGAAUUAUCAAGAGAUCCCAUUUUAAACUUCUAUUCAUUGCAUGAGUUGUCUGCUUUUGCAAUUAACAGAAUGCUGCUUCUGUUAACAUGACUUUGUUUAAAACAGCUUCUAAGAGAACUCUGUACAGAAUAUACAAUAUUGCCCUUUAUUCUGUUCUCAUCAUUACUUGAUUUGAUUAGUUAGUAAUCCAUGUUUUAGUGCACUUCCUCCAGCUUUUGUAAUGCAAAUCAUGUAUCCUUUAAUCUUCAACCAUUUUUUAAAAAAUUAAGUAUAGCUGUUUAUGCUAAUGACUUGAGUAUUCUCAAGAUCUGUAAUGGUUCAGUUUUGGAAGAGUGAAAAAAAUCCAACAAAACCGGGGGACCAAUUUAAUUACCCAAUUUAAUCAACCAUAGCUGCAUAGUUCAAAGGAUGAUUUAUUCUGUGUUGAUUUCUUGAAUUCUUGUAAACUUACCAAAGGAUACAUGCAGUAAGGAAGUAACCGUUCUUGUAGGUGGCCUGUGCCACCUCAGGUCUUAGUUGGAGUUCUGGCUGCCACAUAAAAUAUUUGCCCUUUAUGUAAACUCCUCCAAAGAGUGUGUUCUCAGUGAUUAUGUCCUUGUGCAGAGUGUGAUCCACCACCCAUCGCCUGGCCGAUGGGGGCACCUUCAAGCAACACACACCCCGCCCCGUGUGAAAUCUGAAGUGUUAUAGUCCAACAUAGAAAGAACUACCUCAUUAUAGCAUGUAUGGAUGCCUGCAGUAUAUAUAAAAAGGAAAAUAUUUUAGUCUUUAUUUGUUCAGGCAAUUGUAUGAUGUCACUGUGUAGUUCCUUGCGUGGGGGGACUGGUAACUGACUGGGCAAAAACCUCCACAGGCUAUGUACAGCACAUGGAUGCUUGUGUAUAAGGUUGCUCUCCAAGGAGAGAGGGACUCCUGCUAAGUGUUUUGAUCAGGAGUUUCUGAAGGUACUUGAAAGUACUGGCCUUGCAUGAGAAUUCUAUCUAGAGUUCCUUGCAAGAUUGUGAAGUGCAUUUAAUGGGAGUGGUGUUAACUUUCCCUUGUAUUCGGGUACUCUUGUUAUAGUAGUUAUAAUAAAGAACUACUAAUUUGCCUUCUUAAAUUGGUAAAAGAUUAAAGUACUUCUUGUAUAUAGUAUACAAGGCUUAUAUAUAGUCUAACUUGGAAUCUUCUAUGCUGGUGGGUUAUGCCGAUAUCAGAACCAUGCAAUGAAUGGGACAAUACUAUGAAAUAUAUUAUGGAAAUAAGUUUUCCAACAAACAGAAAUUGACAGUUUAUCUGAGUUUUGUGAGUCUAUUAUUUCUAUCAUCCUGGAUAUCUUUAAUACAUCAGUCUAGUAACCUUUUAGUUUUUUAAUGAUGCCUUAAUGAGUAACUGAGUUUAUUUUAAUAUGUAAGAUGGUAGCUACAAUCUCAAAUAGCAAUAUUGGUGUUCCACACAGCAUACUUUAAAUAUUGCAAAUUGUGCAUAGCAGUCAUAUACAGUAGGGGUUCUGGGGCUAUCCUUGUGCUGCAGGAAAGAUUUUCAUAUCAUGGAUUAUAUAAAUAUAUUUUUAUAUUGAACUUACAGUGGAAAACAAUAUUCACAAAUCUCUAAAUGUAUGGAAAAUACUAUUUUGUUUUCCUAUGUCUUAUUUAGGGUGUACCAGCGAGCCACAGGAUAAAAUAUUCUUCAGGAGCUCCUGUAACUGAAUCAGUCAGCUCAUCUUAUUUGUACUGAAGAAGCUUUAAAUUGACUCUUUCCCUCAAGAUAUUGUAGGAUAAAAACGUGACUUUUUAUGGCACAAGUGAUCCUUUAAUCACUUCAAUAAGCAUUUUUGAUGAAAAUAAGACCUGUGAAGAGAGUGAUUCUGGAGGGAAAUGUCCAAUGCCUUUUAGUUUAAGCAUAGUGAUAGUUGGUAACUUUUAAAUAUGCUCCGUCAGAUGCUUGCACUGUAGUCAGAGUAAAUACUGAAUUUGAGUUUGUGCUUUUAACCAAAUGCUGACAAUCACAACAUUCGUUAGCCAAGGUCUGAGCCAUUCAGACUCCACUUAAGAGUCAGAGGCUUCUAUCCAAUCCAAGUGAACCUUGGGAUUGCUACUGCAUCACAGUGUGGAGACAACAGUGAGUGCAUUGUGAGAUCCUACAUUUAUUUCAACUUGGGGUUUUUAAAAUCUCCCAGUCUUGCCCUUUAUAGACUUUUGGGGAUCUACUGUCUGAACAGGCCUUGAGUUUAGGGUGACAGUGUCUUAACCAUAACUUUAUCCUAAGAUUUACUUUUCAAUACGCACCAAACCAAAUAUUUUGCAGCAAUCUGUUUAGAACAUGUUGCCUCCUUCCUCUCCCUCUUAGCAAUGCUUCAGAGUUCUUCUGCAAGUGGUAUUGCUUUGUUUAAAGCAGCAUGUACAUACUUGUAUUAAAUAUAAGUUAGACUUCAAUAUAAGACAGAAGGAACUUAACUAUAGGCAGCUGUAUAGAGUUUUAAUGCUUAAGGGUUUUUUUAAUGUAAACUUUUCUAUCUCAUUCCUCAUAUGCAGGUAAAGCUUAAUAAUAGCCUUCAUAGGUAGAAGUGGGAUUGUAACAAGUACUGGAAUCUGUAAAUAAUGUACAGUUUAAAAGCUCUUACUGAAAUUAUGUAUUUAAAUUUUUCAGUAUUUAUGUAAACACUAACAAAUGUGAAUGACCAGAUGUAAGAGCAUUACUACAUUUUAAAAAUGUGCAUUGCAAGUGUUCACUUUCUGUAAAAAUGAGAAAUAAAUGUUUAACUUAUAAAUUGGUUUGAAAAGUGCUAGUAGCACAACCAGUACAUUUAUUUUGCCUCUUAGAAAGUAGAUGAAUAGCAUCAUGCAUUCUGAAGUGUACAUGCCUUUAAGGAGUUUUGUCUCUUGUUGCAUUCUUUUUAGAUGACCUUUUGUACAGAUUUAUGGUUACCAGAUAAUGCUUAUUCAAUCAUAACUGAUGGUCAGUUUUUCUAUCUGAUCUUGCACUCUAAGUAGAUUAAUAUUUGCUAGCAAAUGUGCAGAUGUUGAUUUUUGACUUCUCCAGGGUGCCUCUUUUUAUAACUGUUCCCUUCAAAUUAUAGAUUUGUAUGACUUUUGUAAUGUUAAAUGCAUUUAACAUGUCUUGUAAAGGAUAUUUUCAUUGUCUUUAGAAAAUUUGAAUCCAAAGUUGCAUUUUUUCUGCUUGUUUCAACUGUCAGAUAAAAAUAUUAACCUAUA